CACGGCUACACCAACCGGUUGAUGUUUCUGUGAAAAAGGAGAAUUUGAAAGAUGCUAGGGACCUUUGCUACAGAAAAUGGAUUGUGUUCAUUGCUGAAAGAGGCGCGUCGGCUCUCAUUUGUCGAUUUGUCAGGAUGCGUUGAAAUAAAACCAACUUUAUUGAAACGACGUGUUGACUUGGUGAGCCAUUUGGAGCGGUUCAAUCUCGACACUAAUGGGACAAUCCCAGUUCUACGAAAGAGGUUGCAAGAUUACAUAGAAGGUAUAUCUAAAGACACGGAUUAUUUAGAUCAUGUACAAGGUUGUGAAGUGUUAUCAAAGCCAUCAGCAAUAUGCGCUGUCAGUGACGUUUUCCUAUUGUGUGGCGACGAUUCCAAGAGAGUUAUUUUUCAAAUUACUUUAGAAUUUGAUGGAGUGACAAUCCGUGGCUAUCCUGUCAAAUUGGUUUCUUAUCCGAACGGUGUUAAUAACACACAGUCAGUUUUGUCUUUAGACAAUUGUGCGUAUUUCUCGGCAGCGUCAUGCGAUGGAGGCUUGUAUCGAUGCAAGUUUAGUACACAGGUAGUGGAAAAGGUUUUUGACAACUCUUCAGAUGUCAAUUUCCCCACAGAAGUAAACAGAAUAUGUGCUUUUAAUGGUAAGACUGGUAAAGAUUUUUAAAGAAUUGUUAGUAAUUAAUUGUUAAUAUAGCACAGCUAUAUAACAGUCAUAACAUACUGGAUUAUACUGCUAUUUUCUGUUAUGACUGUUAUUUACAGCACGAUUUUAAUUAAUGGCUUUUUAGGUACUGUUGUGUUUACCGACACGAAAGCUGGACAAGUUAAACAGUACCACCAAGUUGAUAGCUCGGCAUCUGUCUUCUUGGGAAGUGGUGAGACAAAGUCUCGGGAUGGUACGCAGUCAAGCUGUUCAUUUGAGCAAGUUCAAGGAAUAUGUAAUAUGGAGAACACACUGUUUGUAACCGAUGUUUCUGCUGGAAAAGUCAAAUUAGUAACUGGCCUUUCCAGUACUAUAACAUUUCUUCAAAUGCUUGGUAGCUUUUACGAUGCUUUUGAAAUUCACCCGAAAUGUGUACCUGGUGGGAACGUGAAUGAAGUUUCACUUCAGAGUGCAAGAGAAAAAGUGAAAGAAGUAGAAAGGUAUAUGCGAGAUACUGUUACCAAAGUAAAGCAGCGCUACAACCUGAAAGAAUCGUCAACAACCAAUGGCCCAGAAGGCACAAUUUCCCACCAGACUCAAACAUCUUCGGCGUUGCUCAACGAGGGAAUCUGCAGAUUGAGCAAGAACAUCGAGGGAAUUAAUUCCCACUUUGUCGACAACAUCUCGCUUCAAUCCCUUCUGACGACUCAAGUGGAAAACCUACACACUGUCUCACAUUUUAAACAUGAAACAUUUAGUGUUCUUCAAUAUGCCCAGGACUUCGGCACAAUUGUAAAGGAGUCACUCAAAAGAACAACAACAUGGGCGGCUAAAUACUACACACACGACAAGUCGUAUUAUCCAGUGCCGGAAUCAGUUAUGCCUCUUUGGGCCACAAAGGUUAUGACACCCCUUCCGCCAAACGAAAUUCCUCGUAAAACGGAAGAAAUCAUGAAAGAUUGGCUAGAGAGUUAUCGUCCAGUUCGACAAAGAACAGUUCGCAGUGAGACUACAAAGGACAAGGCAGGUGCGUUGCCACCAGCUGUGUACAGAAAGUUGUCUGAAGUGUAUGACCCACAGUCGUCAAACAUUCAAUUUCGGACUGACCAACCGUCAACAAAUAUAACUUUUGUUGAUGAGGCCACUGUGGACGUGAUUGAGGCUGAGCUAACACAGCAAGUUGACGAGUAUGAGACAGACUCCGAAGAUGACACAGCGACUGAGCCUGACGAGUUUAGCGAGCUUGCAGUGAGUCCAGUUUGUGUCACGCGUUCCGGGCGAGCUGCCAGGCGACUCUGCGCCUAGAUCUGUGAAACAAGUAAGAAGUAUUUCAUUAUUUUCAUUGUAUUAAGAUAGCGCUUAAUCAAGCGGUUAGUGUUUACUCGCCUUUACUGUCCUUUACUAAUCCACUAGAGCAGUAGUGGACAGGUGUUAGAGGGCUUAGAGUGCCAUGACUACCACCUGCAUGGAAAAUUUUCAAAGCUAACUCGUGAUGUGUUCUUACAAGUUCUUUCUCUGCUCAGAAAAUUCUUGCUUUGUUGUCUAAUUGUCAAAUGUAUGUAUUUUUACUUGCAGCGAAGGCCGAAAAGCAUAUUUUAGUCGUAUUGCACAGACUGCACAUGCAUUGUGUCAGAAUAAUGCGGCUAAUUAAUUAUCCGCUACUUUAAGUAGAAAUGACGACACAUGUUGCCUUGUGAUUUGUAAUUGCUGCGGAGCGAGCGAACCUGAAGCAAGCGAGCGAAACAGCAGCCUAAUUUGUGCAGUAGGCAGUAUAAAAGCAGAUUUUGAGCGUCGCACGGAAUUGUGGUCGUGCGCAUUUGUAUGCGCAGUUUUCAUAAAUCCGUGUCACCUCACUACACAUGCGCCAAUAUUUCUAGUGGGUCUUCAAAAGUGGACAUAUUUUGCAGCAAAUGAUGUUUCAUGAAUACGUGGAAGCAUUGAAAGGCCUUCGCUUCGGCAUUCCGGCUUAGCACAAAGUUUUCAAAACGAUUCGGUGUUCUAAUUUUCGUUAUUUUUGCAUUGAUUCGUGCGUUGUUCACUCAAUGGACUUUGGCCACUGACAGUUCUAUAUAUUUUUAUAUAGUGUAAUACAUUUGUGUACAUAGUCUAUAUAAUGUGGUAAAUGCGCCUAGCAGUAUUAAAACAGACUUGAUAUGAAAUCUGAUAGAAAAAACUUGUGUUAUAUAAUUAAUUUACCUGUAUGUCAAUGAGACGCACAUGUUUAAUAUCUGUCACUUGUGAUUGCCCUUUAACCCCUGGUCUUGGCUUACUUUAAUAUAUAAUAUAUUGCUUUUUCUCAGUUCCACUCAUGGUAAGAAUCGAUUCCUUACUGGCUUAAGGCCUUAAGCUCACAGCUCAUUAGUUGCUGCGAGUAAUAACUGUGCUUGAUAUAUAAUGUGUGCUAUUUACUGUAGUUCUAUUUGUUUUUAAUGCCCGCAGCAAUCCCUACCUUGCAGGUACCCUAGUUUAUGUGUAAACAUUUUCACUUAACAUGCGUUGAAAUCAGAUUUUGUUGCAGUUGCAGCAAUUUUGUUGCUCGUGUAUAUCUCGAGCUUAACUUCCCGACGAAGGGGCUUCGCUCGAAACGUCGAAGUUCUGCUUGAUUUGUAUUUUUCAGGAAGUUGUAAUCUCUCUCAAUCCCAAGCUUUCUUCUUUAGAUUUAACUUUCACUACCAUUAAAGGGUAUGAGCAACAAAAAUUUCUAAUUGUUGCCGAAGGCAGCCUCCUAUUCUUGACGAUGUGUUUUUCUCGCACCAGUCCGUUUCCGGAAGGCCGAGUUAUGUAUAGCUGAACGACAACACGAUUUUAUUUGUAUGUACGAAUGUUUGUUUGUACGAAUGUUUGUUUGUACGGAUGAUCAGAUUUAUGACGUUUUUUGACGUCACAGAGAUUUUAGAAAAUAACAUACUCCAGAUCGCGAUUUGACUUUCCGAAUACCCUGGUUGAGACUCACGAACACCACCAUGGACUAUUAUAAUUACUAUUUGUAUAAACAUGCCUCGUGCCUGUUGUAACUAGAAGUUACUAUCGCAAGGAAAGUGCUGCCUUACAACCAAAGCCCUGGGGAGUGAUUAUACCAAUAAAUUUAUUCAUUUAUCACACUGUAUGUAUGAAUUUAUUUUGUUUAAAAAAAAUCGAAAUUACAACAUGCAAUAAUUACUACAUGUGAUUGUUGGUACCAAUGUUUUAAACCGUCUUCACUUGUCAAAACGUCUAGAAGAACACAAUUAGGAAGAACAAACAUAUGUCUUUAAACGUGUGACUACCUUGUUGUAAGUUAAGUUUUCAUAUUAUUUCAAAGUAAUGACAGUCUACUGUAUUUUCCAUUUGAUAACCAAGUGUGACCAUUGGUUUUUUUGUCCAAUAUGUAGAUGUUUCGUAUUUAUUUAGCAUGUAGAGGUAGUGUGCAUUGUUGGCCAUCAUUAUUGUCCAAUACUGAUGAAAAACAGGUUACUGUACAUAUAGCUAGGUAUGUCAUAUCGUGACAUACAAUGUUCCUGACAUCCAUAUGGUAUAGAUUGGAAACAAGUAUGGUAAUUUAAUAAUACAUGGCAGACUCCAUCCAAUUGCAUUAUAGAUGUAGUAUAUCCGUACAAUCUUGUAAAUCGUUCAGAAUUGUAAAACUAUAGAAAAAAAUAGGUACGCACUGCGUACAUGUUGCAUGCCAUCUGAAACUUAUGAUCAUAGAUAUCUUAUAUAAGAUAUCUAUGCUUAUGAUGCGCUAUAGCGCUUAUAACCUUUGGUACAACUGGCGUGAAACUUAAAAUAUCGAUUCAAUAAAUUUAAUAUCAAUAUAUUUAUUGCAAAAUAGCUAUUAUGUCAAAAUAAGAAAACUUAAGACUCUCACGCGAAUUUGCCUACGGUGUAGACCCCAGCAGAAACACGCGAAUAUAGACAAUGUUUUUUUAAGCGAUCGUUAAUAGUUAGUUGCAAGCGACGGUAAUAAUAACAUUAAAGGGAGUAAGGGACCCUACAGUCAUUUUUUAGUCGAAAAGCCACCUUAAGUAGGGGACUCCACGGAGAUUCGUUUGGCUGUAUCUUACAUGCAGUAUCCAUGAAUAUGAGUACUUCCGCACACCGGAAGACGCAUGCAUGCCGUGAUGCGCAUGUCAAGUAGCGACAAUAACAAAAAUGUAAACAAUACUUACUUGACUAAAAAAUGACUGUAGGGCCCCUUUAACAAUGUCAAGGCGGGUCAAGGUUUUAUCAAAAGCGAUUGACUGUUAGAUUUACUUUACAAAUUAAUAACUAAAUAACGUUAUUUCCUAUAGAUAUAGCUUUAUUGUAACUUUUUAAUGGGGUAUAAAAAACUCGUGGAAACGGUGAAUUACUACAAUAGAUUGGAAAUCAUUAUUUAUCAUUUUGACGUUUGAGUGAUUGAAAUGAGUUAAUUUACACUAUAUCGAAUGUCAUCACAUUGUCAUGUUGAAUCUUAUGCGUACUUCACAAUGGUUGCUAUUUCGUUGUACAUUUCAAUCUCGAUUUUAAUUGUAUUACCACUCUCCUCCGCAGAGUCUGAAUUAUAUAGGAUUUGUAGGGAUAGUAGAGGAUAUUUAGUGGUGCGCGACGGGGGGGGGGGGGUCGUAAGGCUCUGCGGAGGAGAGUGAUUGUAUUACUAUUUAUAAUUUAAAUUGUGUUUGAUAUUUAUAUUUCAUGUUGUUUACAAAAUGUGCUGUAGUUUUGAAGCUUUGCACACAAUAUAAUCAGUGCGAGCACAAUGGCUCCGUUUCAGUUUGAGUAUAUAAAAAUCGAGUAUUUUGAUAGCGUUCGCGGCUUUGAGGCUUUCAAUUGUAUUACUAUUUAUAAUUUAAAUUGUGUUUGAUAUUUAUAUUUCAUGUUGUUUACAAAAUAUGCUGUAGUUUUGAAGCUUUGCACACAAUAUAAUCAGUGCGAGCACAACGGCUCCAAAAUCACAACACAUAACAAAAUAUAAGGUAAGUUAAAACAGUAAAGCUUUACCUACCUCGAUUUAUUUUUCUAAGGCGCUCGAUUAUGUAAAUUUUCGGCGAAUAAUCAAUAUAUAAUUUUUCUUUGCGUUUCCUCGACGAAAACCCGGCAUGAAAAUGCUCGUCGUUAACUCGGUAUUUGUCGUAUUUACGAAUCUGCCACGUGACUGGUACGCUCACCGAUCACCGCUCACCGAACACGACACGAAAUUUAGAGCUAUAUGAAAGUUGCAUGCCAUGCAUAUAUGGCUUGCAACAAAAAUUGGUAGCAUGAGAUAUUUAUGUGGAAACAUAGUAACACAUAAAUUAAUUAAAAUAAAAGUAGGGCAGGGGGAGGGGCUAAACAAACAAAAAACUUACCAUUCUUUUGUCUUGCAAAUCAUAAUAUUUUCAUACAUACAGUGAUAACAAGGACUAAAUUAGUUAUUAUAUAAUAAAUUAAAUUACUGAAAAGGGUAUAUAGUCAAAGUACAUACGAAACUAUAACUGGGAUCCAUAUAUGAAACCCUCUCUUAUUCAAACUCAAUAGUUUGUUGUUCUGAAUGCACUGCUAGUAGCCUGUGCUAACUGAUCUAGCCUGUUUUCUUCUUCAAGCCUACAUUGUAAGUUGGCUAAUGAUUUCAAGCUUGUUAAUCGUUCAUAUGUCAUUGGUCAAUGACACAAGAGGCAAGUGAUUUUACUCUGCUAAUAGCAACAUAAGAAACUCCAGUAGUUCUUUCAGAUUUGCCAAUAUCUAUCCAUGCUUUUGGAAGUGUGAGUCCUUGGCUCUUGUGUAUUGUUAGAGCACAAGCAAGCCUAUAAGAGCCUCUCAUGGAAACCUAUUUCUGUCUGUGAUGCGACAGUGAUUGGAAUUAUUGGGAUACACAAUGGUUGCUUUUCAUUAAAAACAGGUCCUCUCAUAUAUAGUUUUCAAAUUCUACUAUUACCGCAAUAGGUAAGUCAGGAGGUUGAUGGUUGUUCUGAUAGAUAAUAUCAACAACUGUGCCAGUAGCCCCAUUGCACAGGCCAACACUUGACCACAAAUUCAUUGUUACAUGACCCUAGCACCUUUUGCUAGAAACACAACGGGUUCUAACCCAGACAUAUCAUCUGAGGAUAUCUUUUCGCAAUAACAAAUCUCUCAACUGUACUUGCUCAGAUGCCAUACCUUGCACACGUUGAUUUACAGUGAGUUUGACAACUAUGUCAAACAUAUGAUAUGCUUGAUGACCUUGUUUAGCAACAGCGUUUGAUGGUUUAGCAUAGUAAAGAGGUUUAUCUGCUACUGGUGGCAAUUGGCGUGGAUCACCAAUUAAAAUCAAUGAUCUUCCUCCAAAUACCUUGUCAUUAUAACCAGUUGCUUGUUUGCAACGCUUGUCUAUUCAACCAAAAGUAACUUGGCCAAGCAUGGAGUAUUUAUCAAUAAUGAUGUAUCCAAUGUUAUUAACACUCUCUUGUAACCUACACAAGCUUUGUCCUGUGAGGUCUUUAUUACCUCUUCAUCUUAUAGGUAACUUUAAUAGAGAAUGCACAGUUACACCUCUAAUGUUAUAAGCUGCUUUACCUGUACGUGGUAGCAAUAACAGCACAUUUACUUUGCAAAAUAUUUCUAAUAGCAUUAAUAAGGUAACUUUUACCAGUUCCUGCAACACCAUUUAUAAUGAGACAUAAUGGUUCUUUCUCAGAUGAUGCAUCUUCAAAAUGAGACUUAACAAUGUCAUAAGAAAGUUUUUGCAUUUCGCUAAAAGUGUUGAUGUCAACAACAUUAUAUUGCUCAUCAAUAGUGUAUUCCUCUUUGUUUGUUUUUAUCCAUGUUGGCAUUUCUUGAAUUUGUUGUUCUGAAUAAUUGGCUCUGUCGAGUUGCCAGUCAUAUGUGGACUCUGGUGUUUGUUCAGAGUUGUCAAAAGGAGUGUUGAGGUUUGAUAAUAUCAUCCACUCUUCUCGAGUUGUCUCCUGUUCUUCAGAAGGUUCAUCUUCUGCUUCUUGACUUUCAAUGACAGCUUGUAAUUUAUCAAACUAGUCUGGGACAUUAGACUGACCAUAAGGUGUUUGUAAAAAUUCAUGCCAACAAUUGAUCAGAACCUCGUCAGUUGGUUCUUCGUCACCCCAUGCAUUAUUUUGGGUUGCUCUCCGCGGUUUAUACCUCACAAAUUGAUAUUUACAAUAAAGCCCAAAAUUUGGACCUUUGGGAUUAGGAGAAUAUGUUGGAAAUAUUCGUGGUAUAAUAUUCUCUGGCAAUUUUGUCAGUUCAUUGUUAACAACUUUGUAAGUUGUAGCAAAUUGAACAAAGUUCAUAUUUAUUAUAUUUUGUGAACUGUCAUAUUGUUCACGAUUAGCAUACACAUCAAGAAGUGAAUAAUCGGUGCAUGAUUCACCCUCGUCAAUACUUGCAGUAUCGCGCACUCUACGUGAACCAUUUAGACUAACUGGCAUCACUUUAAAGGAUGAGCUGUGGAGUUUUAAUGACAACAAAGCUGCAUAAUCUCUUUCACCAAGAGAAUUCAUAACUACCUUCUUAAUAACUCUAUGAGGGUCAGUAUUACUGUCGGCAUUUUGCACAAUAGAAUUGAAUGCCUGUUUCAAUAUAGGUGAUCUUGGCUCACCUUUAGCUGCAUAUUUUGAGAUAUUCAACACAAGCAUAGUGAUCAAUAACAACUUGAAUAUCACAGUUAGCUCUUCAUCCUUGGAGCUGAAGUUGUUGAGCAGUUGAUGGUUAUUUAAUCUAGACUCAUUUCGUUUAGUCACAAUCUUAGCUCGUGUGGACCUGCGAAACUAAACUAAUAUAAAAUUUACAAAAUCAUACCUGUUUAGAAAUAUUUGAAGUCUUUGGUAUUCUUGUUGUUAUUUACAGCUGCUUCUUUAAGAAAAUUUAUACUAUCUAAGUUUGGAGUAUUCCUAAUUUUAGUUUUAAAUGCGAUCUUAUUAAGGUUACAUGACACCCUUUUUGGCGUUUUGCGGAAAAUCGCUACUGCGCGAUUUUCGAUUUUCGCUACUCCGAUUUUCAUCAAAUUUUCACCAAAUGUUCUCCAGUGCAUGCAAAAUAUGGUAAAGUUGUAAAAUUAGCAAACAAUAAAAUAAUGUAAGAAUUUGUUUGCGAUGUUACUCUGAGUGCAUAUCCACACCGGGCGAGCUUGAAAAAUAUGCCCGGCCACGGUGGGAUUCGAACCUACGACCUUUGGAAUACUAGCCCAAUGCUCUUCCAACUGACCUACGCGGUCAGGACGAUUCGAGUAAGUGAUAUUUCGGAACAGUAUCUAGUUCCUUCAAUACAAAUGUGUUCUAGUAAUAUGAAUUUUUCUGUGUUGGUGUUGUGUACUCAGGUGAAUACGGGUUAGUAUUCCAAAGGUCGUAGGUUCGAAUCCCACCGUGGCCGGGCAUAUUUUUCAAGCUCGCCCGGUGUGGAUAUGCACUCAGAGUAACACCACAAACAUAUUAUUCACCUGAGUACACAACACCAGCACAGAAAAAUUCAUAUUACUAGAAUACAUUGGUAUCGAAGGAACUAGAUUCUGUUCCGAAAUAUCACUUACUCGAACCGUCCUGACCGCGUAGCUCAGUUGGAAGAGCAUUGGGAUAGUAUUCCAAAGGUCGUAGGUUCGAAUUCCACCGUGGCCGGGCAUAUUUUUCAAGCUCGCCCGGUGUGGAUAUACACUCAGAGUAACACCACAAAUAUAAUGUAAGAAUUAUUCAGGAAAAUCUUAAAUCUUGGUACCGUUACGGUUUUGAGUUGUGCUCCUGCUGGUUUUAAGUUAUAUUUAUGAAAAUAUCAUUUUUAUACAGUAAAAUAGUUGUUCUAAAAAAUUGUGUUCGGAAAUUUUUGUUUAUUUCGUCGUUCCGCUGAUAUGGCGAUUUCUUUGACGACUGCAAUAUAUUUCUGAAUUGUUUGAGUGAAUUGCUCUUUAUUUUUAAAAUAUCCAAAAUUAAAAAAAAGCCGAACACAAGUUUGAAACUGACGUCUUUAGCUAUGUCCUGCAUGUGAAAAUUUGAGAAAAAUUGGUUAAAACCCACAGGAGCACAACUCGUUUGAAAAUCAGUAAUUACCGUAAACUUUUUCGGGAGAAAAUUGAAUUUGAAUAUUACAUUUUCAAUGUUUUUCUUAUUGCAGCGAAAUGUAUUUUAUUAAAUAACUCUGCGAGUUUUCAACAUUUUUCGUUCAAACUUGGUCAGAUAGUAGAACUAGUCUAAUGCUUUCAUGGAAACCAAUAAAAAAUUUUUUAGACAAAAUUAACACUCAAAG